CUUCUGGCCCGAAUGUAAACAAACAGCUGUCAUUGGAGUUGCCAAAGAAAACAGAAGAAACGUGCCGAAAAGCUGGUGUGCUAGCAAAGGAAGAAAUAAUUAAGCAAAUUUCCAUCGGCCUCCGUGCAGUUCGACUGGGCGACAAUGCGGCACGCAAAGUUCAUCGCUCGCACCGUGCUAGUGCAAAACAACAACGUUGAGGAAGCUUGCCGGGUGCUGAAUCGCAUACUGGGUAAAGAGGAGAUAUUCGAUCAAUACCGCCGCACUCGGUUCUACGAGAAGCCGUUCCAGACUCGACGCCGCAUCAAUUUCGAACGCUGCAAAUCCAUCUACAAUGAAGAUAUGAAUCGCAAAAUUCAGUUUGUGUUGCGAAAGAAUAGGGUUGAACCGUUCCCGGGUUGUAAUUAGUAGAUUUGUGUGGAUGCAAAUAUAUUUGCUAUAGUUUA